AUGACGUCACGGCGGCGCGGUGCAGCUCGGGAGAGUGACGUCGGCAGCAGAGGCCCCGCCCCGCACGCACGGCACGCAGGUGACGCAGGAUACGUACGGUGCACGCGCCGCCCCGAGUGUCGCAGCGAUCAGUCCCCGCGCCAGGCUGCGAGACCGGAACCGGAACCCACCUCCCGGGACCCCCGCACAGGCCUUGACGUCAGGACGAUGUACAAUGGAAUUGGGCUACCCACUCCGCGAGGCAGUGGCACAAAUGGUUACGUCCAGCGGAACCUGUCAUCGGUGAGACAUAAGAAGGACCGGACGGAUUAUAAGUCUGAGGAAGAGCUGAAGAAACUGGAGAAUCUCUUGGUGAAGAAGCCCAACCAGGAGAUCUUGGACCAUGAAAGGAAAAGGAAGGUGGAGCUGAAAUGCCUGGAACUGGAGGAGAUGAUGGAGGAGCAGGGGUACAGUGAGGCUGAGAUUCAGGAGAAGGUGGCCACCUUCAGGCUCAUGCUGCAAGAGAAGGAUCUGACAGCCAUCAAAGAAGGGGAGAAGCUGAAAGCCAACCUUUCAGAGACUCACCAGCUGGCUGAGGCCAACGAGAAGAAGAAUGAGCGCCUGCGAGCGGCCUUUGGGAUCAGCGACAGUUACGUGGAUGGGAGCAGCUUCGACCCCAACCGCAGAGCAGCCGCCAAGCAGCAGGAGCAGCAGAAGUCAUACAGUAUAGUCGCCGGCUCUGACACGUCGCGUUCUCCCUCUCCUACUCCGUCCAAGCACAAGAAAAAGAAGAAGAAGAAAGAUGGAGGCCGGUCUACCAGCCGCUCCUCCAGUCACAAAGAGAAAAGGUCCCGAAAACACAGGUCCUCAUCAAACUCUAAGAAGAGGAAGCACAGGUCAUCCAGCUCGAAAAGCAAACGCAAAACUAAGGACAAGAAGACGAAAAGUGGUUCCUCUAAAGAGAGACGCGCGUCGUCCUCCUCUGCUGACAGGAGCUCCGGGAGCAGGUCACGGAGCAGUCCUCGCAAGAGCAACAUAGAAAGGCGUAAACACUCAGAUACCACAAAGCAUACCCCAGAGAGACUGAGAUCAGUCACCCCAAACAGAGACCGGAGAGCUGAUAGAGGCCGGAGCCCAGAGCAGAGACAUAGAGCUAAGGGAUCGAGGAAUGAGCCAAGUAGCAGAGACCGGUCGUCAUCGCUGUCUCCUAAAAGGCGUAAAGAGCCAGGACCUGAUGGAGACAUCAGUAAGAGAGAAACUAAGAACCGAGAGAGGACUGAGAAGAAUUCACUCCUCGGUACUGCCCGAGAGAAGUCGCCUGCCCCAGACAAGUCACCUGCUCGAGAGAAGUCACCUAUAUAUAGUCCGGCUCUCAAAAAGAGAGGUAGAAAUGACAGUCCAAAGGAGAAGAGUGUGGAGGGGAGACCGAGAGUUCAUUCUCCGGAACAAAGGCAGUCGCCAGCUAGACAGAAGAAGCAGUCUACUAAAUCAUCAAGGAGGGAAAGAAGUCCAUCCCAAGAGAAGGCUUCCCCAAAACAAAUACCCAUGGAGAGUUCUUCAAGACAUGGAAAAUAUAUUGAUAAGAAACGUUCUCCACCAGCCCCAAGUAAGAAAGUAUCGAAGAGUGCACAGUCCUCAUCAUCAUCAUCUUCUUCCUCCUCUUCAUCUUCGUCAGGUAGUGAAACGUCUGAUCACGAGAAGGGCAGGAAAGAAAUGAGAAAUAGAGCAGAACAACAACUUGGCAGUAAGCCUGGGAAGUCUGCGACACAAGCAAAGCCGUCGCCGGUUAGACCAAGAGACCCUGGCAGGAUGUCGAGGAAAAGUGUUUCACGUAGUCCUCAGAGACCACCUAAAUUAAAGACUCCACCUCUUAAAAAUCGUUCAAUUUCAAAGUCCCCUCCAAGGAAAGGUCGCACAAAAUCCCCUUGUCGCAAACCAAGAUCUCCCUCCUUUACACCCCCAAGAAGGGCAAAGUCCAAGACCCCCAAAAGCAAGGUACGAUCCCCCAGAAAAUCCCCACGAAAACCACGAUCGCCAUCGCUUAGUCCUCCCCGCAAAGCUAGAUCUAGAACGCCCCAGCGAAGAGCAAGAUCUGCGUCAAGGACACCCCCUCAUCACUAUCGUGAUAUGGGGGCUAAGUCCCCUCAUAGUGAUGGCAAACGUGGGAUAGCACCGCCACGUGACAAGUCUGCACCUGACAAUUCUCAGAAGAGAGGAGGGGGUUGGCCCCAGUCAUCUAGGAAUAAAGCAAGGUCACCUUCUAGGUCUCCAGUCAGGAAUAAAAGCUCAGUUGCUCCUUCGCCUCGAAGGAGGACAAGAUCACGUUCUAGGUCAUCUUGUAGACAGAGAAGAUCGUACACUCGCUCUCCACCCAGGAGAGCGAAGUCACGUUCUCGGUCUUUAAAGCGGGGGAAUACAUAUCUGUCAAAGUCUGGACAGAAACAGAUAACAUCCCAUGGUAAAAGAUCACGUUCUCGUUCUACAUCAAGGUACCGAAGGGGCCGGUCGCCUUUUGAAGCUCUAGUGGGCUCUAGGUCACGUAGCCUUAGUCCACGUCCAUAUGUGAAAAACAAUUCUCGUUCACAAACACCAAGAAAGCGGGUGUCGCCACGUUCUCCGAAGCAACAGUCGCUUACUAGAACAAAACAAAAGAAAGCAGCAUCUCCUAAUGCUGUAGAGAGACCUCAGGCCUACAGGAGAUCUUCAUCACGUUCAUUGUCUCCAUUACAGAAGAGACUUUCUCCAAGAACUAAAGCCAGACGCUCAGUAUCCAGGUCCAAAUCCCCUGCAAAAGUUAAGCCAACAAGGUCAUCAAGAUCACCUUCUCUCCAAAGCCGUAGUGCAUCCAGAAAUACUGUAAAACAGGUGGAUUCUAUUAGGAAAAGAUACAGCUCUUCCCCCGAGAGCAGAGGAAGGCAUACCAAAUAUUCUCCAGAGAAAACAAAGCCACUUGAGACUUCAGCAUACAAAGAGCUAUGGGAAAACAAUCCUGCACGUGUUAGGAGCCCAUCGAGGUCGCCAGUCUCGCACAGAAGUAGAUCACCCGAUAAUACACCGCCCAUUCAUAAUGCAGGUGGUGAUGCUGGUAGAUCUAGAACAGCAUUGCACAAGGCGUCCAUAGCUUCUCCUGAGUCUAGGCCGAAGUCUGAUUGUUUGUCCACCCUUUCCCGUGCCAAGUCAUCUGUGUCUCCAGUAAGGAAUCUGUCUUUGGAACGCAAGCAAGAUUUGUCAAAGUUUUCAGGUAGUUCCAAAAUAUUUCCAUCUCAUGGGCACAAAGGUAAAACUUCUCAUAAAGAUCAAUCGGAUUCCUCAUCGGAUCGUGAAGGCGGGCGAACAUUGCCCCCAGAAAAGGUACAGUCUGCAGGGCAUGCAGCUAGACCAAGGCGAGCCGGGCAUAAAAACAGGUCUGGUUCCUCCUCCAAAAGUGAAAAUGAAUCCAGCUCCUCACAGAGUAAAGAGAGAGCUGGUUCUUCAUCAGACUCUGAUUACAGAGCGAAACAAUUACCAAAGAGAGGUAGAUCGAGACCGAGUUCGGUAGAGAAAGUGAAAAGAUUUUCUCCACACAAAACUGGUUUACCAUCCUCUUCUGAGGGCAAAAUAAAGCCCUCACAGCACAGAAGUAGAUCUGACUCCUCCUCCGGGCGCGAGGAGUUCGAAUCCUCUAAAGUUAAGUCCAAACUUUCUGAAACUGAAACUGCUAAACACCAUAAGCAAAGAUUUGAAUCUUCAGAUGGUACGUCUAAAUCCAUUCUACCUGGACCAAGAUCAUUAUCUGGACAGUCUAAAGUUUGUUCAGGGUCCUCUUCGGAUAGCCAGCACAGAAGUAGACUGCCACAAACCCGAUCUAGUUCAAGGUCAUCCUCCGAACGCCAGCCCAGAAGUAGGCGACCACCAACAAGAGACAGCUCAGGUUCUUCUACGGAACGUCAACAUAAAAGUAAAAAAGCAGAACUCGGAGGUAGUUCUGGGUCAUCACCAGAGAAAUGUUCUACGUUGAAAGCAUAUCCACAUAGGGAGAGUUCAGGAUCAUCAACUGAAAGGACCACAAAAUCUAGACCACAACAAAGCAAAACUAGUUCUGAUUUAUCAUUGAUGCAACGUAAUCAACACAGAUCUAGCUCUCAUUCCUCAUCUGGCUCAAAGUCACCAACGUCUCAUGGUAACAAAGCUGCUUCUAGAUCAUCGGAGUGUGAACCAAAGUCAAGGUCAUCCCAACAUAGGAGUGGUCCUAUAUCGGAGCAGGAGUUGAAAUCUAAGCUGUCACAAAGAAAAAGUAGUUUUAGAGCAUUAGAAAUGGAACCCAGUGGUGUAUCCCACAGAUCUAAAUCAAGUUCUGGCUCAUCACCAGGACAGGACUCUAAAUCCAGGCAAUCUCGAGAGAAAUCUGUUGCAUCAAAAACUUCACAGGGCAAAAUGACUUCAGGGUCAUCCUCUGAUAGCGAUUCCAGGUCUGAGACAUCUGUGCACAAGCUGCGGUCUUCUGCACAGGAUAAGCACACAGAACCACCUUCAGAUAAAAAGUCUCCUCAACACCGAUCAGACUGUGAAGAGAAGACCAAGUCACCAUUGUAUAACAUGGGGUUUGUGCAUUCUUGGCCUAAAGUGAAAUCUUCUGAUGACAUUUUGUUGAGGGCAGAUUCUCCAUUAGAGAAGUCACAAAAAUGUGAAACUCCUCCACUUGCUACUAAAAAUGAAUCUUCACGUUGGGAUAAUGUAAGAAGCCGUUCCAAGAGCAAAAUGACUUAUGAUAGUUCUGAUGCUAAAUGUCAUCCUUUACCUGCAGGAGUAACUAAUAAAGCAUUAAUGGCUUUGGCCCCUGAUACCAAUGGCACAGGAUCCAGCCUAACGGUGCCUAAAUUGUACAGGAAUAGUUUGGAUGAUCUGCCUGACCUGGAGUCAAAGGCCUCCCCAGUUUUCCCACCUAAGGAAGCUUCAAUUAAUCAAAGCAAACCAUCUGAUCAUGAUGCGUCUGUGGAUGAAUCCCCACCAAAAAAUCCAGACUCUUCUCCAGAUCCAAAGGUUGCACAGAAAAGAUCAACUAAGAGAGAGAAAUCAACUUCCUCAUCCUCUUCAUCGUCCUCUUCAUCGUCGUCCUCGUCAUCAUCUUCAACAUCCUCAUCCUCCUCUUCCUCUUCGUCAUCCUCUUCAGAAGAGGAUGAUGAAGAAAGUUCUGUACAGGUGCAGAAAGUUACUUCACCUCCUUCAAAAAAGCUACGGACCAGCCAUGACCAUUCUGCGUCCAGUCCUUCACCAACGCGGAAGCCUUUGAAAACCGUAAGGUCGUCUGUGUCACCUGCUGCUUGGGACUUAUCUGAUGAAAAAUAUGUAGGGGUAUACCAUAGUGGAUUAAAAUCCCUUUCUGUGGCUGCUGAUGCAUGUCUGAGUGCUGGUAAAAGUCCAGACGACUUGGCAGAAAAAGCUGCAUCCAACACGAUUAAUAUAAGAGCUUCUCCUGAGAAGCUGGAGACUGAAUCCACAAAUCUGAAUAUUGUUGCGUCUCCCAGAAGUUACAAGGAGUGUUUAACUAUUACUGGGAAAAGUUCAGCUAAAAUUCCAGCUCAAGAAGUAUGCUCCUCUCCAAGAAUAAGCAGUCCUAUUGCAUCAAGUGGAGAAUGCAAAGCCCUUGCAAAGAGUCACUCAGAGUCUCCAAACAAUCAUCAAGAUGACUACUCUCCCGGACAGGCCAGUUCCCCUCUGCCUGUUAUAUGUAGAAGAACAGAUCCUUCUGAUAGUCCAUCCACAAAACAACUGGAGAAGAUUGAAUCCGUAAGGCAGGAUCUUGUGCUUGAACAGAAAUCGCCUCCUGAUAGUCCGAAGUCCCCAUCUUCUUUGAAGCGCAGCAGCUCAGUUUCAUCUUCUGAAGACAGCAGUUCAGACUCUUCAAGCCAGCUCAGCCAUUCUGAAGAGAGUGUUUCUCCCCAUCGUCAAAGGGUUCCAAUGCCCGAUCCUCCCCCUAUACGGCGCAUUGCAUCACCAGCUAAAAGAGCGAGUUCUCCUCAAUCGCCUAGACGUGAAGCCUUCAGGUCGGGAGCUGUACGUGAGAAAGUAAGACGCAGCCGUUCUCAUUCAUCAUCUAGGUCACCAGUGAGGAAAGAAGUCUCACGGCCAGUAAGCAAGGAUUUGCACCAACAGAGAAGACGAUCACUGUCACGGUCUCCUACUAAAAAAGGUCUGUCUAAAACGCCACCCCGGCGCAGAACACCGCCACGAGCCUUUAGGUCUCGUUCGCGUUCUAGGACAGACCGAUACUCGCGUAGAAAUCGGUCACGAUCACCUGCAAGGCGUUCACCAUCCUGGCAAGACCGUAGAAGAUGGGUGCGUCGCAGAUCUCCUUCGUCUCCCAGGCGAGGACGUUCCGGGUCUCGCUCACGUGUUGACCGUGCAUGGCGUUCUCAUCGCGACCGUUCUGGGUCUUCACCUUGGAGAGGUAGAUCGAGGUCUUUAUCAAGACACGAACCUUCUCGUUAUUCCCAUCGGGGUAAUUCCAGAUCUUCCCCAAGAAGAUCCCGAUCACCACGCAGACGUGACAGGCCCCUUAAUUACUACCAAAGGGAGAGGUCUACGUCCUCAUCAAGACGUAGGAGACCUUGGAGCCCACAGAGGAGAUCCCGGUCAUCCGAGAGGAGGAGGCCAAAGUCCCGUUCACCUGCAAGGUAUAAGACCGCUCAGAGCAGCAAGGUGGCUGCUUACUCUAGACACAGCCGAUCACCAUCACCCCCUGGUCGAGACAGGCCAAAAGGGCAUGGAAGGUCCAAAUCUCCAAGGGCAGACAAAUACGAACUACACCCAAGAAGUUCUCGUUCACCAGCAAGAACGUCUAGCCCACCUGCAAAACCAACGCAUUCAGCCUCCCUAUCGCUUUCCACCGCUGUGCACCGCAGCCAGCUAGAGGUUUCCCAGAAGCUGCAGUCCCCAUCUCCACCACAACUGGAGAAGCACACAGACAGGCUGACAGUAAGCCCCACCCAGGGAGACCCAGUGACCCUGGAUGAAGGACAUUCUGCUAGUAAGACAGAAUCUCCCGAGACCAGUAGUUCAUUCUCUCACCCACAGCCAGCUGUAGAUGAACGUAGCAGGUCUCCUCCGCGGCUGCUCAGAGCCCACACUGCCCCCAAUACUCCUCCGUCUUCUCGAAGCCUGCAGGACAAUUUUGAACUGGACUCUAGCGUGACUCUCGGCAGUAGCCAAAAAGUGGAAGCAGAAGUGUCAGCCAGCGCAGUGGCAGAGAACGUAGAUGGAGGCGAGUGCUCGUUAUCUCCACACAAUGUUAUUGUUUGCUCCAAAGAAGGUGAACAGGCCACGGAUUUGAGUGCCCCAUCAAGGAAAGCCCAGAAACUGACAAGUCCAACCAAGAUCCCAUCUGCACAAUCUGAGCCGGAAGUGACCCACCAAAAGGCGGCCUCUGUCCCGGACACCGCUGCAGAUCCUGAAAGCUCACUGCCCGCUGAGUAUCACAAGACAAAGGGAGAAUCCCGACGUUCCCGAAGCUCAAGCACCUCUUCAUCCUCAUCAUCUUCAUCAAGCUCUUCAUCCGAUUCUGACUCCUCCUCCUCUUCAUCUUCCUCAUCCUCCUCUUCCUCUUCUCAAAAGAAAGGUGCUCCAACCGAUAAGAGGCGGUCACGGAGUCCUCGGAAACCCAUUGAUUCCCUGCGGGAUUCUCGUUCCCUGAGCUACUCUCCGGCAGAGCGACGGCGCGCUCCAUCUCCCGCACCACGCCAGAGGGACCGAGAAUCCCGGAGAGGCCCCAGCUCCCCUGAGAGGAAGCGCAGGAGGGAGACUCACGGGUCCAGGUUCUCACAGCGGAGGUCCAGGUCCCCCUGAUUGGUCAUCUCCUCUCGUACUUCAUCUCUACCAACCAAGGACCUGGACUUUUCAGGAGCCCACUUCCCGUUACCUACCAAGGGUACAUUCAUCCAUUCUCCUUGGCUCUGGGGAUUUUAGGGAGCGGACAGAUUGUUGGGGAUUUGCCUCUCCACGUCAGACGGCAGAAUUCGGGACAUUUUCUGUCACCCCUGUGUGGAACUCUUUGCUGCCCCGUCUUCCGCUAGUGAACUGGUUUUGGCACAAUGUCACUCCUCCGUGGUUGUUUUGGACAAGUGCCACUGCCCCCCUUUCUCGAGGUGAUGGUGCCCAACGUGCCCUCCCACCCUUUUUGUUCUGCAUAGGCAGUUUCGUAAGAAGUGAAUUGAAACAGUGAAACUUCUGUUGUGUUUUUUUUUUGUUUAAUUUUUUUUCUUUUUUUUUUUUUUGUAAUCUGUACAGCAAGAAUUCUUUCUGUCAAUAAAAGAUUGUGCACAGCCGGGA